UCGCGGGCCCCCCUGUAUCACUCUGUCUUGUCCUUUGCGCGCCCCCUCGUACUUCGCCGCAAUUAUCCGCCUGCUGCCGCUGACUGCCCUUUCCUUCAGCAGGCCUUUACCAGACACAGCAAGGGAGUCACCAGGCAUUCUUCUGCUGCUCUAUUGUAAAGAAAAAGGAUGACAUCAUCCAUGAUAUUGAGCAAGGUGAAGCAGCGGCCCUUCCUUGUGGGUGGCGUUGCAGCAGCUUCGCUUCUGUACAUGUCGAACCGGCGGAGGCGCACUCGCUUCCCCGAAGGCGAAAUCUGGCUCGACAUGGACCUCUCCCGACCCUUGUCAAAGACACCGCCGGGCGUGGAUUUGUCCUUCGUGUCUGGCGAGCCACAGCCACUGUAUUUCAGGCAAGUGGAUGUGGUGGAUGCUCUUGAGAUGGCGGCCAAGGACAACAGGGUCAGGGGCGUCUUGGGCAGGUUCAGCUACCGCAGCUGGGGAGGGGGUUACUUGGCUUGCGUUCAAGAGGUUCGCGAUGCCGUCACUCGCUUUCGCGAGGCCGGCAGUGAUGCUUCUGCUACGGCUGGUGAAGGAGCAGAGGCGGACGGGCAGCAGCGGAAGAGGUUUACUAUCGCGGUAGCAGAUACGUUCGGGGAAGGCGGUCCGGCCGUUGGCGAGUACUUCUUGGCCUCCGCAUUCGAGAAGGUUCUGGUGCAAAAGACUGGCUACGUGGGUCUUACCGGGAGCGGUGGCCAAAAGCUGUUUUUCAGGGGCUUCUUGGACAAGUACGGCAUUAAGCCCGAGGUCUUCGCUCGCGAGGAGUACAAGAGCGCCGCGGAGAGUCUGGUCAGGAAGGCGUAUAGCCCGCACGAGCGAGAAGCGAUGACGUCGCUUCUCACGUCCAUGCUCGACGACGUUGCAGACGGCGUCGCGGCUUCCCGGGGUUUCAAGGACCGGAAGGAUGUGUACGCCAUCAUGCACGACUGUCCCCUCCCGGCGACGCUUGCCCUGUCGGCUAACCUCAUCGACGGAAUCAUGUAUGAACAUGAUGUGGAGAGCAUGGUGAAGGCGGGGUUCAAAGCGAAGACGGCAGACGCGGAGAACGAUGCCACCGCUGGAGAGAAAAUCGAGGUGCUCAAGACUUCGGUCGAUAAAUCUGAGGACAACGUCCUGUCCACCUUCGCCGAUUCAGAGGGAAGCAAGUACACGCGGGUCUCCAUGCGCGACUACAUCCAAAAGAUGCGGAAAAACAGGGCAUCAGAGAGCGUGCUCGAUGCCAACAUGCUCCUCGAUUCUGUGAAGGGUGCCAAGAAUACUGCUCCCAAGAAAGUGGCUCUUGUCAACGCGAACGGGGCGAUCACGAGGUUCGCAGACCCUGGCUUAGGCCCGGGCUCGGCUGAACAAGCCACCAGCAGCGCACUUUGCAAGCGCCUCCAAGAAAUCGUCGACGACCCUUCCAUUGGCGCCGUUGUGCUGAGGGUGGAUUCGCCCGGUGGCUCUGCAGUUGCGAGCGACUCAAUCGCCGCGGCAGUUCGUCGCGUUAGACUGGCAGGAAAGCCAGUGGUUUGCUCUAUGGGAGAUCUCGCUGCUAGCGGGGGUUACAUGAUAGCAGCUGCAUGCGACACGAUCGUGGCACAGCCGACCACUAUCACGGGGUCAAUCGGUGUCAUCGCGGCUAAAUUGUCCGUCCAGAGGUUGCUGAAAGACUGGGGCAUCCAAGUCGACAGCAUCGAGCUAUCGGAGAAUCACCUCGCAUUUUCUCCUCUCCAGGAGUUCAGCCCUCAACAGCGAAGCUUGAUGGACAAGCGGGUGGGGGAGAUCUACGAAGAUUUCGUGGGUGGCGUCGCGACUGGCCGAAACAUGUCCGUGGACGAGGUUCUUAAAGUGGCGAAAGGGAGGGUGUGGACGGGGCGACAAGCGCUUGACAGAGGCCUGGUCGACGAGCUUGGAGGCCUCAACAUUGCCAUUGCCAUCGCCAAGAAAGCGGGGGGUCUCCCGGAGGAUGCGCUCGUAGUCGGGGCGAAGAGGAGGUCGCUUGCCCAGGCCGUCAAAGGAUUGAUUUCGGGGGGAGGAGGAUCCGUGACCGAGUCGACCGGUGGCGUGCGCAGCGUGAUCUUCGCUCUGGCGGAUGCAAUCUUCGGCGUGGACGCAAUGGAAGCGUUGUUUUCUACAAUAUCACUUCUCGCAUCGGCCAACGAUCUUGUUGAGGGGAGGAUGCCAAACACGAGGGUCAGGGCCGGCCAAGGCGACCUCGAGAUAGAUGUGGAGGCCUUGUUUAAAUAGUGACGAGCGGGGCGUUUGUUUUCGUUUGUUUUUCAUUUUCGUUUCGGUGCGGACGCUGCACGUGACCCGUGGCCCCAUUCCUACAACCGCUAUAACCGCCAUCUAACAUCUAACAUCCAACAUCUAACCAAGCGUGCGAACGUAGAAAUGGUUUGCGCAACCUUCGGGGAGGGGGGCGGUUCUCGUUUGUGUUGCAGUGCGGGAGAAUGGUGGCUGGUUCUCCUUGGUUGGGUCGCAUUCUUUUGAAGCUUUGUCGUUUGUCGUUUUGCAGACGGAUGGAACCCGUAUGGACCGAUGGUAACUGUGUCACAGUCACACCGUUGGUCUGAUCCGAACUUUAUCUAUCGUGCAGAGCAUAUUUGAAAUGAAUGAAGAACAACUUUGGCAGUGCAGUACGUACCCUCUUUGUGUGAUCAUGGCCGGGUUCGUGAGAGAGGGUUCUAGCUCGCGCAUGCAUGUAUGGCGUUCCGACGAAAACGGGGUUCCUCUCCGCGGAGACUACCGAUUACCACCCGAAAGUGUCCAAAUUAAGAAAUGGGUACAGCAGUACCCUGCAGCAGUAGGAGGUGUGCAAGAAAUGUUUGCAACCUCGCUGAAACUAACGAUAUUGCUGCUGACUGCAUCCUGCGAAAAUACCGUUGUUGCGCCAGCUACAUUUCAUAACGGGGGUACCCAAUACGUCCCCAGGCUGCGACUGUGGAUGUAAGGGACGCGCCACCACUUAUGGCUAUGCAAGACGUGCUUCGCUUCGCCGUCCCCUGUGUCCCCGGGGCUCCGCGAUGUUGUUUGUUUCCCGAACCAUGUACUCGUUCAUAUUUUGUUGUCGGAGAGUUCAAACUGCUACACAAAAAAUCACAGGCGGAGCCCCGGCCGGGUGAUAUAAAAUCUCAAACAUCCCCUCUGGCGCAUAGCCGGAGGAGACACAAGCUGAUAGGGGUACUCAGCACUCGAUACUGAUCUACGGAGAUCGAUGUAGAGGGUUUCGUGUAUCAUUGGUGGUAUGUGUUGGUAGAAGGGCGGGCCCGCU